AUGACGGCUGAUAUCCCAUUGAUCAAUGGUACUUCGCAGUGUACCGUUGCCACUUUUUCAAAAGCUGCGUACGAGGAGACUGUGAGCUUCUACUCGCAUUUUUUGCUCCUAGAAGUUCAACCGCUCGGCACUUCGUCUGCGAUCUUGACCAAUGGCCAUAUCGACGUUCGUGUUACUUUUGAGGAGAACAGUGAGAAGCAAAGCGCGGUCGAGGCUCGUGUCAAGGCUCUCGCGGGUGUUGAGGACUCCCACGACUGGAGAUCUGAGGCAUCCGAAUCUCUCGUUUUUAAGACCUCUGACAUCCAACAAGUGAAGUCUCGCAUUAUUGGCGAAAAAUGGCAACAUCAGGCAUAUCCUACCGAUUUGUUCCCCAUGGAACUUUACGUUGUCGACCCAGUAGGAAAUGUGAUUGGUGUCACUAAGACCAAGAACGCUGUAAGCACCAUGCCAACGGCGCCUCCUCUACGGAAGGGUGUUUUUACUUCAACUGCUCCCUCUAAGACUCAAUCUUCGGUCGACAUCGCAAAGUCAGUGGCAACAAGCCAACAUUACCCUUCUCUCCCAGAAAAGUCUCAGAAGGACCAAAAAGCUAUCGCUGUGAUGACGUCUGGUGGUGAUGCCCCCGGUAUGAAUGCCAAUGUGCGCGCCAUUGUGCGGACCGCUAUCUUUAAAGGCUGUCGUCCUUAUGUGGUUAUGGAAGGUUACGAAGGUCUUGUUCGUGGUGGUCCUGAAUACAUUAGGGAGUGCACAUGGGAAGACGUACGUGGGUGGUCAAGCGAAGGAGGUACCAACAUCGGUACCGCCCGUUGUAUGGAAUUCAAAGAGCGCGCUGGUAGACUAAAGGGUGCUCAACACUUGAUCGAAGCUGGUGUCGAUGCUCUUAUUGUCUGUGGUGGUGACGGUUCCUUGACCGGUGCUGAUCUCUUCAGAUCCGAAUGGCCAUCUUUGAUUAAGGAAUUAAAAGAAACCAAGCGUAUCAGUGAAGACGAUUUCAACAGAUACCAACACUUGAACAUCUGUGGUACCGUCGGUUCCAUUGACAACGACAUGUCAACAACCGAUUCUACCAUUGGUGCAUACUCCUCCUUGGACAGAAUUUGCAGAGCUGUUGACUACAUCGAAGCCACUGCUAACUCUCACUCUAGAGCAUUUGUCGUUGAGGUUAUGGGUAGAAACUGCGGUUGGCUAGCUUUGAUGGCAGGUAUCGCCACUUCUGCUGACUACAUUUUCAUUCCAGAGAAACCAGCUUCAUCUCGUGAAUGGCAAGACCAAAUGUGUGACAUUGUUGCCAAACACAGAGCCAGAGGUAAGAGAACCACAAUUGUUAUUGUUGCUGAAGGUGCUAUUGCUGCGGACUUAACUCCAAUUUCGCCAAAAGAUGUUCACAAAGUCCUGGUAGACAGACUUCAAUUGGACACUAGAGUAACUACGCUUGGUCACGUACAAAGAGGUGGUACAGCUGUUGCCUUUGACCGUAUCCUUGCCACUUUGCAAGGUGUUGAAGCCGUCAAUGCUGUCCUUGACUCUACUCCAGAUACGCCUUCCCCGCUGAUUGCAAUCAAUGAAAACAAGUUGGUUCGCAAACCACUUGUGGACUCCGUUAGAUUAACUAAAUCUGUGGCGGAUGCUAUUCAAGCCAAGGACUUCAAAAAGGCAAUGGCUUUGAGAGACAGCGAGUUCGUGGAGCAUUUGAAUAACUUCAUGGCUAUUAACUCUGCGGAUCACAAUCCUCCAAAGCUUCCACACGACAAGAGAUUGAAAAUCGCCAUUGUGAACGUUGGAGCCCCAGCCGGUGGUAUCAACUCUGCCGUUUAUUCGAUGGCGACGUACUGUAUGUCUCAAGGGCACAGACCUUACGCCAUCUAUAACGGAUGGUCUGGUCUAGCCAGACAUGAAAGUGUGCGCUCUUUGAGCUGGAAAUCCAUGCUCGGCUGGCAAAGUCGCGGUGGUUCCGAAAUCGGCACUAACAGAGUUACGCCUGAGGAAGCCGAUAUUGGUAUGAUCGCAUACUACUUCCAAAAAUACAAGUUCGAUGGUCUUAUUAUUGUUGGUGGGUUUGAAGCUUUUGUUUCGCUUCAUCAAUUGGAGAGAGCUAGAGAGGACUAUCCCGCUUUCAGAAUCCCAAUGGUCUUAAUUCCUGCCACUCUUUCCAACAAUGUUCCUGGUACUGAAUAUUCUCUUGGUACUGACACCGCGUUGAACGCUUUGAUGGACUAUUGUGACGUCAUUAAGCAAUCUGCCGCCUCGACAAGGGGAAGAGCGUUUGUGGUCGAUGUUCAAGGUGGUAACUCUGGUUUCUUGGCCACAAACGCUGGUCUUGCCGUUGGAGCUCAAGUCUCGUAUGUGCCAGAAGAAGGUAUUUCUUUGGAACAAUUAUCUCAAGAUAUCGAAACUCUAUCCGAAUCCUUCGCGACUGCUGGUGGCAGAGGUCGGUUCGGUAAAUUGAUCUUGAAAUCCCACAAUGCCUCCAAGGUAUUCACACCCGAAGUACUAGCUGAAGUCAUCACUGCUGAGGCUAAGGGUCAAUUUGACGCCAAGUCUGCUAUCCCUGGACACGUCCAACAAGGUGGCUUGCCCUCUCCAAUUGAUAGAACGAGGGGUGCCAGACUUGCGAUCAGGGCCGUCGGGUUCAUCGAGUCUCACCAGGAGGCUAUCCGGAAAGCGCGUGCCGACGAUGACGAUUUCGAUCUCGACGACAAAGAUGUAUCUGCCACCGCGGCGGUUUUGGGUAUAAGAGGCUCUCACGUUGUCUUCAGCUCUAUUAGACAACUUUACGACUUCGAAACGGAGCUCUCCAAGAGAAUGCCGAAGGUCAUUCACUGGGAAGGUACUCGGGCAAUUGCCGACCAUUUGGUUGGCAGAAAAAAGGUUGAAACCAACAACUAA